GCCACCAUUGAGAGGGACGGACAGGCGGAGGAGUUGCGCAAAUUUGGAGCUCUUGUAUUGGCCAACGCUUGCGGUCCUUGUAUUGGCCAAUGGGAUCGUAAGGAUGUGAAGAAAGGCGAGAAGAAUACAAUCGUCUCGUCCUAUAACCGCAACUUCACGGGUCGUAAUGACGCCAAUCCGGCCACUCAUGCGUUCGUCACUUCACCCGAAUUGGUGACCGCACUCGCGAUCGCCGGUCGACUAGACUUUAAUCCGCUUAAAGACGAACUGACCGGCGCUGACGGCAAGAAGUUUAAACUGGAUGCGCCCACCGGUGACGAGUUGCCGAGCCGUGGCUUCGAUCCGGGACAGGACACAUAUCAGGCGCCACCCGUUGACGGAAAGGGCAUUUCUGUGGACGUCGACCCCAAGAGUAAACGCUUACAACUGUUGGCCCCGUUUGACAAGUUUGAUGGAAAGGACUUAACAGAUAUGGUUGUCCUCAUCAAAGUGAAGGGCAAGUGUACGACAGAUCACAUCUCAAUGGCCGGACCGUGGCUUAAAUAUAGGGGUCAUUUGGACAACAUCUCCAACAAUAUGUUUAUUGGAGCGAUUAAUAUUGAGAAUAAUGAGGCGAAUAAAGUGAAGAAUCAAUUGACCGGUGAAUGGGGUGCAGUGCCCGACACGGCCCGGGCCUACAAAGCAAAGGGUGUCAAAUGGGUUACCGUUGGUGACGAGAAUUACGGUGAGGGCAGCAGUCGAGAGCACGCGGCUCUCGAGCCCAGACAUCUCGGCGGACGAGCUAUUAUUGUCAAGAGUUUUGCCAGAAUUCACGAAACUAAUCUGAAAAAGCAGGGAAUGCUUCCGUUGACGUUCUCUAACCCUAAAGAUUACGACAAAAUCCAACCGACGGACAGAAUAUCAUUACUCGAUCUGAAGAGUAUCGCUCCCGGAAAGGCCGUCAAAUGCGAAAUUAAACAUAAGGACGGCUCGAAAGACGUGAUUGAAUUGAAGCACACAUUGAAUGAUCUACAGAUCGGAUGGUUUAAAGCCGGCUCUGCUCUCAACAGAAUGGCUGAAGUGAAGAAAUAAUGCACUUUUUUGUUUGUUUUUUGUUGGUUUUUAGCAUUUAUUCAAAUAGUAUAUACAGUUUAUAAGAAAUUAAUAGAUUUUUAUUUAUUAAUUCGCGCCGAAUAUGAAUGUAAUUCGCGUUUAAAUUUAUGCCUAAAUAAUAAUAUCUUACGAAAUACUGG